AGAUAUGGUAUAAAUACCCUCAUCAUUGUACUAGACAGCAGCAGAUGCUCUAACGUGCUCCUACCAUCAGGAUAUACAGCCGUGGGAGCCGCUGGUGCUGACUUUCUUAUUUAUUUGGAACCCAAGCAUGCCGAUUUAACCUCAGAAAAUGGACCUACGAGUAGCGAGCAUACUUUUCCUCCUGGUGGCCCUGGUAGCUGCCCACGGCGAGAGAUAUGUUGUGAAGAAGGUGAUGAAAACUCCUCAGUACCAGCCGUACUCCGUAAAGGGCCAUGUGGUUUCAGUAGCAGGAGAGCCAGGUGCCCCAGGUGAGCCCGGCCCUGUUGGACCACCUGGACCACCCGGACCCGCAGGAGAGAAUGGUGAGGGAUACCCCGGACCUCAGGGCCCACCCGGACCCCCUGGACCUGCUGGCUACUCUGCCCCUGGAAAGCCUGGUACUCCAGGUGGACCUGGCAAACCAGGUAUACCAGGUGCACAUGGACCCAAGGGAGAGCCUGGCGCACCCGGUCCUCAGGGAGCAAGGGGCGCACCUGGACCAACUGGCAGCCCUGGGCCUGCUGGUAUUUCUGCUGCUGGCAAACCUGGACCUGCUGGGCUGCCUGGAUCAGUGGGACCAAGAGGAGAACCAGGUCAUAAGGGAUAUCCAGGUGCACCUGGUCUGCAAGGACAGAAAGGAGAGAGAGGUAUUGGAGUUCAGGGGCCACAAGGUGAGAGGGGUCCAACUGGACCUGUGGGACCUGUAGGGGCACCUGGAAAGCCUGGCAUUGGUAAACCUGGUGCACCUGGAUAUCCAGGUGAGGCAGGUAAGACAGGUGCACCUGGUCAUGAUGGUGCACCGGGUGCUGUGGGACCAACCGGACCAAAAGGCAAUACUGGAGCUCCUGGAGUUGGAAUUCCAGGUAAACCAGGUGAAAAUGGUGCUCCAGGUCUGCCUGGUCCUACUGGCCCCAAAGGUCCUCAGGGAGCAAGUGGAGCACCUGGUGCUCCUGGCGUUCCAGGUUAUGGCAAACCAGGUGCAAAUGGUCAGAAAGGUGAAAGAGGUGUAGUAGGUAGCCCCGGUACAACAGGUCAGAAAGGUGAGCCAGGUGCUAUGGGACCCACUGGAUACACAGGUGCAACUGGUCCCACGGGUCCAGCUGGUCCUCAGGGUGCAAGAGGUUUUCCAGGUGAAAGGGGAGCCACAGGUGAGAAGGGCGAAACCGGUCCAGUGGGGCCUCAGGGCAGCAGGGGACAAAAGGGAGAUCAGGGGGCACAAGGUGUUGAGGGAAAACAAGGUUACCCAGGUGCAACAGGCCCACAGGGUCCAAGGGGAGCUACAGGUGCCACAGGUAGCAAAGGAGAUACUGGUGCCACUGGUGCCACUGGUGCUCCAGGUACACCUGGACCUGUUGGCCCCAAGGGACAUACGGGAUAUACUGGACCUGCUGGUGAGACAGGGCCUGCAGGUGCCCCUGGGGCUCGAGGACCUGUUGGUGCUACUGGUCCUGCCGGUCCACCAGGUGCUAAAGGCCACCCAGGCCUUCCUGGGCCACCUGGCCCUGCAGGUGUCACUGCUAAAGGAAUUCCUGGACCUCACGGUCCACCUGGACUUCCUGGAGCUGAUGGAGCUCCUGGUGCAUCCGGACCACCUGGUCCUCCUGGCCCACCUGGUCCUCCUGGCGAGGUGGUCUUUGAGAAGGCCGCAGGACCAGCUGAAAUCGUGGUGCCUUUUGUCAAGACCCCAAUGUCUGCAUUUACUGUUGCAACCGUGACACCUUAUCCUCCAUCUGGUAGCCCCAUUAAGUUUGAUCAGAUCGUUUACAACGCAGAGCAUCACUAUGAUCCUGAGACAGGUCUCUUUACCUGCCAGGUUCCAGGAAUCUAUUACUUCUCCUACAGCAUGCACGUGAACGGUGCUAAUGCUUUGGUGGCACUGUACAAGAACAGUGACCCAGUCAUGUUCACCUAUGAUGAGUACAACAAGGGCUUCCUGGACCAGAUGUCUGGUAGUGCUGUCCUUCAGCUUAACGAGCAGGACACCGUCUAUAUUCAGAUCCCCGAUGAUGAGGCCAACGGCGUCUUUGCCGCUGACAACGUCCACUGCUCCUUCAGUGGCUUCCUGAUUGCCUCUACGUGAUACGGUGAUAAAACCAUCCCUCAACUCCUAAUCCCUCUCACUGUUUCUCAAACAUGAAGAACGUCCUGUUCAUCUGGGCAGGUUGUUCUUUGGUUCUGAGAAACAGAAGCAUCUCAACUUGAAAAUACCGAGCAGUAGGUGCUAAUAAGAAGAACCUAAUUUAUGUAACAGGUUACCAGGGAAAAGAAAGGCAGUUAAAAGUCAAGAACAAUUAUCUUUAUUUUCUUUUGGGGGUGAAGAAGGCAUGUGAAGUUUAAUGUUCAUUUCAUGUCCUGACAAUGUCAUUUUUGGUUUUUUUUUGUUUUUUUUUCUGAUUGCAGAGGGUGAUAUUAAUUUUUUUGUCUUUUUUUUUUACCUUGUUAUUGGUGACUUUAUUUCCUUAAUAAUUACACAAAAAAGGAGAAUGUUGUUCCAGACAUCCUUGCAUCUGACUUGAAUAUUGUGAAAUGGUCAAAUUGAUCAUAAUGAAAUAAACCAGACAUACAAAACA